UCAGGCAACUUGGUCAGUGCUUCUCCACUCGAGAAGCUACCCCAUUCUGCCUCGCCUCCUGUCGGCGUUGCCAUGCCUCCUGAAGGCACUGAACCGUAA